AACAAAUAAUUUGUAGAAAUGGAAGAGAAAGUAAGAUCGAACAGUGAAGGUGGUGAAAGUAGUGCUCAGCAGGAUAAUGACAACGGGGAGCAAUCUGAUUACGAAGAUGCAGCAGAGAACUUAGAAGAAGAGGAACAGAUGGAAAUGGACGAAGAUAACGACUCACUAGAACAAGAACGUGAGAUUGAACGCGUAGCAGCAGAGUAUGCAGAACAAGAACGUGAGAUUGAACGCGUAGCAGAAGAGUAUGCAGAACAAGAACGUGAGAUUGAACGAAUGGCAGAAGCUGAAGCUGCUGAGGAAGCAUGGAUCGAGAGACAGGUAGAUGCUGCAGCAGAACAGGUAGAUGCUGCAGCAGAACAGGUAGAUGCUGCAGCAGAACGCACCCAGCAGCAGGUAGAUGCUGCAGCAGAACGCACCCAGCAGAGGAUCGCCAAUGCUGAGCAAGCUCAGGAGCUGGAUCGUGUGGAUUACGAUAUUGCUAUACCUUCCCAGCAUUCCUACCUUGAUAUGGCUUUGACACGAGUUGAAGGUUACAACUAUUGGUUGGAAGGCCAUCACGUGAACUUGUACAUAAUACCACUUGACGUUAUUGUAAUACCAGGACAAAGUCUUCCUCUCAGAAUAAGACAAAGUACCCUGCAGUUUGCCAUGGUCCGAGCUCUUCUUGACACCAAUCAGAAGACAUUUGGCGCUGUUUACCUUCCCGCAGAACGGGAGACUUUGGUGCUCGAUCGCAGUUGGUCACAAAUCGGUGUAACAGUUCAAAUUGUGGAGGUUUCAGAUGAGACACCCAAUGAAAUUGUGCUCAAGUGCAAAGGUAGACAAAGGUUCAAGACGAUUUCCACACAACGGAGGACACCUAUCCUCCACGCCAAAGUCAAGAUCCUAGCGGACCACAUUCCGGACAGAUUAUACGAUCCACUGGGGAAGUUACGUGAUUCCUUUAAGUUAAGCUCGCAUCCCACAUGGCUGUAUAAGAGUCACGAUGUGUACACCAUUGUGGGGGUAAUAAAGGAAGAGAUUGCACGCUACAGUCCCUUGAUCAAAGUAAACGUUGCCCCGGUUCAGCCUGACAUGUUUUCCUACUGGCUCAUCAGUGCAAUGCCCUUCAAAUUCAACCAGAGAGCGGAGAUGUUACGAGAGAAUAACCUGGUAGUGCGUCUGAAGUCCCAGCUGGACCACAUCAAGGAACUAAACCAGUUUGACUAUUGUUGCCAGCUUUGUGGUAAAGAUAUUAUUAACUCUAGCCGGCUUGUCUCCAUGUCAGCAGACGGUUCCUUCUUUGUUAAUCCCCAAGGUUUCGCUUUUGAGCUGAUCACAGCAUACAGUGUACAACACGCCAUAGCAGACGGGGUGCCCACCACACAAGACUCAUGGUUUCCUGGAUACGCCUGGAGUUAUCUCAAGUGUCUUAGGUGUGAUAGUUUUCUGGGUUGGAAGUUCACUGCAGUUGUUGAGGAGACCCAGCCACGAAUCUUUUACGGAAUUCAGCGGAAAGUUGUCAGGGUGCUCAGACACAGCGAAGUCGAACCUGAACCAGAAGAAGAUAUUACUGACAUUAAUUUCGGCAGAGAUCGAAUAAUUUAUGACGCGGACGGAAACUACCCCAGAUACAUAUAAAUCAUCUGAUAACUCUCAAAUACUUUUCAUCAUCAUCUGAAUAUUACUGUCUCCUGGUGAGACGAAUAUAUCAAAUAAUUAUUAUCUGGGUUUACCAAUCAGGGGAGAUUUUAUCACCGAGAAGUGAGAACAGAUAUUUGGUUUGUCUCUAAGUUUUACCAACAAAAAACAUGCAGAAACAAUUCUCAGCAGGACGAUGAAUCAAUAAGAAUCAAACUUUACAUUCAAUUUACAUUUAAACUUGUAAUUGUUCAGGGAUCGAGAUUCAAGUCUAAAUUAACAGCAUUUCAGUUUUAUUUUAUAGGAUUUGCAGAGGGCAGGUUAUUUAUUUUAUUUAAUAUUUUAAACACUUUUAUUUUGUCAACUAAAGUUAUAUGCGCAGAUAUGUUGCUUAUACCUUCGAUAUCUUGGACUUUGGUCAAUUUUAAAAUAACAAGAAGGUAAUUUGAUCGCGUCACGUACUCAAUUAAUCCUAAUAAUCUUAUACAAAUUUAUAAAUCGCAACAUCAAACUCUUCUUCGAUCAAUAUCAUUAAAUAUCAUAACUUCUUGUACAGCAUGUCUCAUUAUAUUGCUCUCUUAUUGGGUGAUAUUAUAGCACGAUAAUCAAGUUAGUCAGCAUUUUGGUAAUGCAAAUUAAACGGUUCUUUAUCUUAUUGUUGUUACUUGUAAUCAAUUAAAGCUCCUUCAUUAUCGUUUGUGAGAUCGUGCAUACUGUCGAGAUAUUUGUUUUUCUUCUAUAUGGGUGCUUUUCGUUUCUAAGGAAAUUAAAACGUUCGAUUGUUUUUAACACUUCAUCUAACAUAGGUUUAGAUAAUUUGAAGAUGUACGAAUUGUAAACAUUAUUGUAAAGUUUUCUCGUGAUCGUUCAAAGUUAACUGUUUAAUUA